AAAUAAUUCCGAGUAGAUCCUUUUUUAGUCAAUUGUUACAUGGUGUGUUAAUCUCAUUUUUUUGUGCUUGCAUGUCGCUUCAACAGUUAAUCUUUUAAUUUAUUGUGUUGGUUGGACGAGGGUUAAACUAGUCAAGAUGACGAGAAAUCAUAAAUCUCAAGAUGUGAUGAACGGUGACAGUGACGAUAAAAUGGAUGAAAUCGAACUUGAAAAUACUGGAGCUAUAAGAGUGAUAAUAACGGGACCCGAUGGUUAUGAUAAUCCAAGCUUCAACAAUGAUAAAAAUGAUGAAAGUGGUAAAGGUGAUAAUUCGAGUAGACGUGGAUCCAGAUUUUCAGCCAUUGAUGUCCAUGGAACCAUUUUGUCGGAUCUGGGUUCAAGUGAAGAAAAAGAAAAAAGGGUUAAUUUUGAUGAUGAGAGAGAUGAAGCGUUACAUCUUAUAACAACGUCUUCAGCUCCUCCGAAAGAUUUUAAUCUAGAAGUAAGAGCUUCUCUUGACAUUAAACAUUACCUUAAGGAUAUGACCAUUUCACUGGAUUUACAAUCAGACGACCUUUACAAUUUGGUCCACCAUCUAGUUAAUCAGAUGAAAGAGGAAACCAAAGCUAAAUUGGAUCUCGAUGAAAUAAUGGGAUCAAUAUUUUGCGAGAAAGAAUCUAGAGUGAUUAUUAAUCGUAUUCAAGGAGUUUUAGAAUCUAAUUCAUCUCCAACUGUUUUUGAUCAAUCAUGGGUUUGUAUAUUAGGUUCUGGUGUAUCUGUCAAGAAACAUAUGAUUGCUUUAGGAAUCACAGAGGCUCCACUAAAUUUGGGCCAUGGAAUGGAACAAAUUAGAUUUAUUUUAAUUAUUUUAACACCGACAAUUGAGAAACACACUAAAAGCUCUUAUGAAAUUGGUAGGACAUUUUCAACUCUUUUAAUGCAUCACUCAUUACGCUUCGAUCUACUGGACUCAUCGAAAGAAUCGAUUAAAGAAAUACUUACAGACAAGGCAGCUGAAUUAUCAACCAAAUCAAAUCAAGUUAAAAGAAAAGUAAUUCAUGGUUUGGAUACAAGUUUAUGGGAAAACAUUUCUCGUCGAGUUCGGUGUUACCAUACUGAUUUCGUUGAUGGUAUUGUUGGUAAAAAGACGAUUCACAAAACAUUAGCAACUUCACUAUUCUUGUAUUUUGGCUGUAUAUUACCUGCCAUCGCUUUUGGUCUCCUUAAUUCAAAAAAUACCAAUGGAUUGAUAGGGCCAAAAAGAGCGCUAGUUGGUCAAGCUCUUGGAGGAAUUGUUUUUGCCCUGAUUGGUGGUCAGCCUUUGGUUAUUAUUGCAACUACUGCACUGGUGUCAUUGUACAUAAAAGUUGUCUAUGAAAUAAGUGAACAAUUAGACGUGGAUUUUUUCGUUAUGUAUGCAACGGUUGGCUUCUGGAAUACACUUUUUGUUUUGGCCUAUGCAGUAUUUGGAUGGAGUAAAUUGAUCAAAUAUGCCACAAGAUCGGUUGAAGAGAUAUUUGCACAGUUUAUAACGAUUUGUUUCUUUUAUGAUGCCAUCAAUGACUGCGUUGAAAGUUUCAACAAAUACUAUCACACGGAAGCUUGUGCUAAUUUCACGAAACUAACGGAUGGUGAAUUAAAUGUGACCACACUGGAAACUCCAAUAAUUUGUCAACGAGAGGAUUCACUUCUUCAUUUGCUCUUAGCUUUAGGGACUGUUUGGUUAUCGCUAAGAAUUUAUAAAUUCAAUCAAAGUCCUUAUCUAAGCCGAGGAAUGAGAGAGUUUGUUUCCGAUUACGCUCUUCCAAUUGGUGUUAUCGGACUUUCUGUAGUCAGCAAGGUAGUCUUCGCAGAUAUCAAACUUGAACAAUUUGAUUUCUCAGUCAUGGAUAAAUUUGAGCGAGCUACGAUAGAUUUCAGUUCAGUCAAAGUUAUCGGAAUCAGUAUUGUUCUUGGUUUCGCCCUUUCAUUAUUAUUUUUUAUGGAUCAGAAUAUAACUGGACAAAUUGUCAAUGGUCCAACAAACCAUCUCAAAAAAGGUUCAGCCCCUCAUCUAGAUCUACUGGUUAUUGCGAUUAUCAACUGUACUUUGUCGUUUUAUGGGCUUCCCUGGAUGCAUGGUAUUCUUCCACAUUCACCACUUCAUGUUCGUUCCUUGGCUGAUACAGAGGAACGAAAUAAUCAGGGACUUAUUGAAACACAUAUUAUUCGUGUUCGAGAGACUCGUAUAACAGCCCUUUUAUCAAAUAUACUCAUCGGACUUUCACUGUUCAUGAUACCCUAUCCACUUAACCUGAUUUCAACUCCAGUUUUGGAUGGACUGUUUCUUUAUUGUGCCUUUGCCUCUUUGAGGGGAAGCUCAAUGUUCGAAAGAAUUUGUCUACUCUUUCAAGAACAGUCUUCUUAUCCUCCAAAUCAUUAUGUCCGUCGAGCUCGUCAACGCAUUAUCCAUCUAUUCACAUUGUGCGAAAUAAUUCAACUAGUUAUUCUAGUUUAUGUCGGUUUAAUCGCUCCAUGGGCAUACCUUAGAAUGGCUUUCCCUGUCUUUAUUGCUCUUUUAAUGCCUGUUAGACAUUUUAUUUUACCAAUCUUUCUUGAUAAAAAGACGCUGAAAUUAUUGGACUCUUAUGGUUAAACCAUUGAUAAACGAAUGACAAAGUCAAUUCAUCAAAUCUCUAGCUGUCAGAUCAUCAGCUAUCAUCAUUCAUCGAAGCAUUCACAAAAGAUAGAAAUUUUAUUACUUGAAUAUGUAUUGGAAAAGACAUAUUUGUAUCAUUAUAAGCUUGAAACAAAAUCGUUUUGAACAACUGUUAAAUAAAUAAUCUUUAAUCUUUA